GUCUAGGUGUGUUUCUUAAAUAGUCGAGCAUGACAACAAAUUCGGUCGGCCCAUAAGUACCGUGUCGGGCGUCGGGACGUUGAUUGAUUGAGCGUCGCGCCAACCGAACAUGCACAGACGGUGAACGUCGGACGGAUAAACCGUAAACAAAUCACCAUCCCUUGACGACCGUUGUUGUGCUGUGUGGCUGUCAAAAAAAAUGUCGUCAAUGCAAAUGUCGAAGCUGAAGAAGAAACACUUCCGCGUCAAGCACCAGAAGGUGAAGCUGUUCAGGGCGAACGAGCCGUUCCUGUCCGUCUUCAUGUGGGGCAUCAAUCAUACGAUAAAUGAGUUGAUGCACGUCACAAUUCCGGUGAUGCUCCUGCCGGACGAUUUCAGGGCCUAUUCGAAAAUAAAAAUCGAUAACCAUCUGUUCAACAAGGAAAACAUGCCGUCACAUUUCAAAGUCAAGGAAUAUUGUCCGAUGGUGUUCAGGAAUAUCAGGGAGCGAUUCGGCAUCGACGAUUUGGAUUACAAAGAGUCGCUGACUAGAUCGCAACCAAUGCCGGAUGAUUCGUCGGGCAAGAGCGGCGCAAAGUUCUACCUGAGCUACGAUAAGAUAUUCAUCAUUAAAACACUGACCUCCGAGGAGGUCGAACGGAUGCAUUCCUUCCUUAAACAUUACCAUCCCUAUAUUGUGGAGAGACACGGAAAGACUUUGUUGCCCCAGUACUUGGGGAUGUACCGUCUGACGGUGGACAACGUUGAACACUACAUUGUGGUGAGCAGGAACGUGUUCUCGAACCACCUGAGCACGCACAGAAAAUUCGAUUUGAAAGGCUCGACCGUUGAUCGUGAAGCUUCGGAGAAAGAACGUGAAAAGGAUUUGCCCACUCUGAAGGAUAACGACUUCGUGAACGAACAGAUGAAAGUGUAUAUAGGAGAGGAGGCGAAGUCGAAGCUUAUGGAAACGUUGAGUGCUGACGUUGAUUUCCUCACCAAACUACACUUGAUGGACUACAGUCUGUUGCUUGGCAUCCACGAGGUGGAACGCGGCGAACAGGAGCUGCAGGCGCAGCGGGAACGCGAGGCGGAAAAUCCGCAGGACUCGGACGAGAGCGAGUCGGGCAGCGGCCUGGAGAACCGACCGUUCGGUUUCAACACGCCGCCCGACAGUCCGAACGCCGUCGGUCAGUUCGUUCGGGAGCACAGCCUCCAGUACGAAGGUAAACUUCAAAUUUACCAAUAUCUUGAUGUGUUGACAGGUGGCAUCAUCCCCGAGCUGGACAUCUACGCCAUACCGAGCUGCGAAACCGCACCAGUCAAGGAGAUCUACUUCGUGGCCAUAAUCGACGUGCUGACCCAUUAUGGGGUGAAAAAGCAGGCGGCCAAAGCUGCAAAGACCGUCAAGUACGGUUCGAACGUGGACGGCAUCAGCACGUGCGACCCCGAACAGUACGCAAAGAGGUUCAUAGACUUCAUGUCCAAGGCCAUUGAGUAGUGGGCCACGCCCCCCGCCGUUCUGCGCCCCGCCCCCUCCACCAUGUACGUUUUUAGGAAAGAGAAAAUAUAUACCGAUUGGAACUGCGUAAAAUUUGUUGAGCGCGUGCGAGAGUACAUAUCCCCCCGCCCCCC